CAGUUUCCUCCGUCCGUCGGUCCGUCGUCGGCGGGACUCCGAGUGUUUGUGAGCCGGGAGCGGGAACAUCCGGGUCCCAGAGGGACGAGCGCGGCGGCCGGGACGGAGGCCGGAGGAGAGGACAGCGGACGGAGGGCAGCGGACAGCCGGACUGGAGCGAGCGGCUCCGGGGUGGGCGGUGGAGUGGCAGCUCUGCAGACGUGAUGGAGGUGCUCUGCUCCCGGCCCGGGGUCAUACAGGUGGACAACAGCCUCCUGGAGUCAACCGCCUCCGUCGAGACUUGGGGAUACGGACGGCCGAAGGAGGGGGUGCUGGACUCCGUGGACGGUGGGAGCACCCCUGUGUCCGAGGCUCGGCCCCGAUGCGCCCUUCAGAGGGCGGAGUCGUGCCCAAAUGUGCCGCCUAAGGAGCAGGAGAAGAGCGGUCGCAAGAAGACUGUUACCAUGGCGCCCAGGUCCCGGUAUCUAACACGGCAGGGCCAGUACUUGACCAGGAAGCCUUUGUUUGCCUCAGAGAAUCGGGUUUCAAUCCUGAAGAAACCAGCGCAGCAGGAGCCUUCAGAGCAGGACGGGGGACCAGAUGGCGGGGGUGCGGCGGAGCUUCCCGACGAGGAAGAGGAGUCUUUGUUCCUCCCGAGGGAGGACACCUUGCGCAGCAGUACCUCCCGGCCGGAGGAGCCCUCGGCUCUGUGGACCAGCGAGGACGACCUGGACCCCCCGCUGACCACCUCGGAUCUGCAGACCUGCGACUCCUACGAGGAUCCUGCCACGGGUUGCGAACUGGGUUCCGGAAGCUCCCCCCGUCGCUCGCUGUCCAGCCUGCCGCUGGACGUCCGCAGCUUGACGGUACCGCUCCGCCCGAGGUGGACGUCCACUCUCAGGUCCUCCUCCUCCUCGGAGCCGCGAGGUUUGUCCCGUACAUCCGGACAGAGGUGUGGUGCUUUGCACUCGUGGACAGCGCUUGGCGGCAGUGCCAGACACUGUAACCCCCCCGUGCCGCAGCCCGUGUCGCCCCAUCAAGCCGCCUACUGGGCGUGUGCGAUCCCGGGGAGGCCGCCACCCUGCCCAGACAGGAAGUCCCCGAGCUGGGAUCCCAACAAGGAGUACGUGGACCUCCUGGACUACACGUACCCGCUGCGGCCCAGCUCGGACCCUGCGGAGCGCCGGUGCUUGUCGGGCGCCGACACGCUGCUGCAGGACUCCGGCAUCGAGCUGGACCGUCUCUGCCGCUCGACCAGCCCGCCGUGCGCCGAGCCGCCCCCCGCCACCUUCAGAAGGGACGUCCUGGCGGGGAGCCGGCCGAGGAGCGUUUCCGACUCCAAAGCAUCCAGUAGCCGUCGGUCUUCCGUGGACCAGUUGGGACUUUCGGCAGAGAGUCUCCCGGGGAGCGACGGCACCCAACGCUCUCGCUGGCAGCGUCACCACGAGCAGGGCGGCUCCUCCUCCGUCUUCAUCCCCACCUGGCGAGUCCUGCCGCCUGCCGGGGCUCCGUGGGACGGGGAGGACGAGUUCCGCCCCCUUCCCGAUCGGCUGCAGGAGACGGAGGCGCUUUCGCGGCACGUUCGAAGCCUCCGGCUGGGGGCCGGGGAGCCUGCGGACGCCAGCUGGGAGACCCUCGCGGAGGAGCCUCUACGAGCCGGCGAAGGCUCCGCCUCCGAGGCUUCUGGGAGUGCGCUGCCAGUGGUGGCCAGCCUGGAGAGCCUGAGAGUUGUGUCUUCUUGUGUGGAGCGCCUGAGGGGGGCGCUGCUGAGGGAGCUCCAGAAGGCGACCGAGAGGGACCAGGGGGACACAGGGGGCAAGGAGUCCCUCACGCAGCACAUCCAGAUGUUCUCCUCGAACCUGGAGGAGCUCAUACUGUGGCUCUACCGGCUGCAGGAGAAGAUGGAGGGUCUGACGGCGCCGGCUGUGGACAUCGACAGCGUCAGGUCUUGUCUGGCACGUUACAAGAGUUUCCAAAGAGAAGUGAGCACACGGCAGAACCUGACUGCGGCGGUGCUGAGCGCGGGGGACGCCCUCCUGCAUUGCAUGACGUCCACCUCCCCAGUGUUGAGGGACACUCUGGCACUAGUCGAGAGGCAGUCCCAGGUCCUGGAAGCCCACAGUGAGAAGCUCUUCUCUUCCAUCCUAUCAGCCAUGGACAGUCUGACGGACCCGCGGCGCUCGGCCGAGGGCCGCUCCCCUCAGGAGCAAAAUCAGAGUGAAAGUGGCUUCCUGGAGCAGGACUGAAGAGAAGGAAGACGCCGUGCUCUGAUGUGCCUUGUGUUCCUGCUCGACUGACAGCUUUCACUUCCCCAGCCGUGUCCCAGCGAGGGACUGCGCUGCGUUUGACAAGAACAAGCGGUGACCCAGGAGCCUUCAGCUGGAGGUUGCCAGUAUCACCCCCCUCCAUGAUGACUGGUGGCACAGCGGCCUACUUUUAAUACCUGUGUGCAUUAACCACUUCAGUGUUCAUGUGCUGUACAGCCACUCACUUGGAUGUUCUGAAACCAGCUCCACUGUCUUGUGGAACCCAUCAACCAAACUGAUUUCUUGCUGUUUUCUCAUCGCCCGUCAACUUUUUACUGAAGCGGCUUUCUGCUGGGGCUUUGCUCCAGUGGCACUGCUUGGAGUCACUGUCACUAUCUCCCCCCCCUUGUGUUAAGAGGGGAUUUCAGUCCAAUACGGGAGCAGCAGUGAGUCCGUAGGGAGGGAUUAUUAAAUGCACCAGUCGGUACAGGCCACCCUUCCCCUUCCGUCUGGUAAUGCAGUAGAAAUCCCCUCCAUUGUAGCUGGAUCCUUACCGCUCCUUACAGCGCACAUGCUUCUGGCACCAUUUUGUACUUUCGGAAUGAGAACUUCCUCGUCCCACUUUCAGUGCGUUUUGAAUGCACACGGAGUGCUCGAGUUUUACUGGAGUGAGCUAGAUGCUGCACGAUUCCUGGGGAAAUGGCACAGCAGCUCCUCAUCUGCACACUAAUCUGUGUGUCCACCUAAAUUCCAACACAACGAGCAGCUAUAUCUGAACAGUGUGGGUGGAGAUGGACAAUUAGCAAACUAAGCAUACACUUUCAAGUGCUCUCCCCCACAGGCAGAAAGGACAGGUUGCUAGAGGCUAUUUUUAGAAAUACAAAAAAAGAGCAUUUAAAUAGAUGCGGAGACUUCAGUAUCCAAACAUUUGUUCAAUUGUGUCAAGGUCACGGCUGUGACCUUUAUCGUCCUUGAUCAACCUGCUUCACCACAUCACCCGCAACCCUUUCGUUUCUGACACAGUAUUUACCCUAUGUUCAUGAUGGUCUGAAUGUCCAACAUAGUUAAAUUUGCUUUCUAAUAAAAUGUUUACUUUGUA